AUGGCGGGUCGAACAUGGGAACGCGACGACGAUUUCGCUCGACAGGACGACGCUGACGACGCAAUAGCUCCAGUUGAUGGCAUCAUCGAGGCUGAAGAGGGCAAAGAAGAUGUCGCAUCGUCUGCUAUAAGCAAAAAACGUCGUCGAAAUCUGCUACGGGAGUCGCACUUGCUCUCUGCGGAAGGGUUCAAGAAGGUCUACCGGACGUUCCCUUACCAAGUCAGUUCGACCGUCUCGGGUCGCGAAGCUCCGGCUUUAGCUUCGCUCAUAAAGAUGUACAAACAAUGGGCGUAUGAUUUAUACCCGGGACUGAAUUUCGAGGAUUUCGUCGAUCGCACGGAGACGUUGGCAAAAGGGCAUCAAGUACAGGGUUUGACGGCCGAGAUGAGGGAGAACGAGCGACGGAAACGGGUCGAAAGACGAUGCGGUGGGGAUGAAGAAGAUUUAGAACGUCGAGAUGGUGAAGUUCAGGGAGAUCACGAGUAA